AUGGCUAAAAAGGAGCUGAGUCAAAUCACCCCAAAACGCAAAAUGGCAACCCCUUCUAGUUCCUCCAACCCCAGCAGCAGCAAGAUUCAGCAUUUGAUCGUUGCGAAUGCGGAGCUAUCCUGUGCAAAUAAAGUAUCGUACUCGUAUUGCAGUCAUGCAUUACAAAUCUUUUUCUGAAGGUAAAUCCGCAUUACAAAUUUCAUUUCUCAUGCUAAGGAAAUUUGUAAUGCAUUUAUACGAGUACGAUGCUUUUGCAGUUCAUAGGAGCUGCGGCGGACAAACGCGGACAAGGACGAGGAAAUUCGGUCCCUCGCUUCGGAGCUGCAGCAGCUGCUUCAGCAGCAGCGCGGUCGUUCCUCAUCAUCACACCUCCGCAGCGGCAGCAUUAGCCUUACGUCCCCGUCGCUGUUACUUGGAAAUGUUGGCGCUAGUGCGCAGCUGGCCACAUCAGCGGCCACAUCACCGCGGCGUCCGCAGACCGCUUUUUCUCUGACUGGAGCUGGAGCUGCAGGGCAACUGUUUGGCGAUGGACCAGCGCUGUCCGCGUCGCUCUCGCCACGGUUCGACCUGGGCCGGCAGUUUCAGCAGAACUCGUUUCUUCAGCAAAGCCCUACGAAGCUGCUGCUAGCAAGACGGACCACUUCCCGCUCGAGUUCCUUGUUUUCCCGCCCGCCAGGGAUCGGGAAAAUUGGUCUGAUGCCGACAUCCACAUCCUCUGCGAGCCCGUGUUUAUCGUCAAAGCCGGCAGGUGCAGUGGGGGCAGCAUCCUUUUUCCUUCCCUCUAACAAGAGCACGGCGUCGAGCACGACCGUGAGGAAUUCCGUAGGGCAAGGAAUGAGCAGCUACAUAACAGACUUUGCUGCGAAUUUGAAAAGUCUUGUUGAACCACCCGCACAAGAACUGCAAGCAACGUCGGAAAUAAAGGACCUGCAGAAAGAGGAAGAGCCUGCGUCAAAUUUUGACCUGUCUGCUUCUUCUAGCACAAGGGCGCGAUUAUACAAUAAUGCGUCGAGGAGCAGGAGUACAACCUCCUCACAGCGCGGUGCUUUCGAGCCAACGCCGCGUGGGGCGACGAUGCUAUUACAGCUACCUUCGUCAAGUAGAACAAACACGACCAGCCCUGGUGCACAUCAACCGCCGGCGAGCACCACGUCACUGCGUCUGACUCCUCGGGUUCCGGGUAGAACAAUGGUGUUGAAUAAAACAAGCUCUCCGGAGAUAGUUGGGAAUCGUCUCGGCAGUCCAACCGAGAAUCGCGUCCCCGCGUCCGAUGACGACACCCGAGAUCUCGAGCUGCUUCUGCAAUUUGUGUCGGAGAUGAGAAUGACACUCACUAACCUGCAGGAAACUUUUGAUACAAGCAAAAGAGCGACGUCAUCAUCAACAGCAAAAAAAGGCGCGGGAGUAAUUGUGGAUUCGAGUUGUGCAUCAACAUCGAAAAGGAUGCAAGCCGUUGCGACCAAAGUGCAGGAAGAGCUAACCUCGCUGACGUUAGCGAUUCGCGACUGCAUUCUACGGCGGUAUGAGCCGCGGCGGGGGAAUAAUGCGAAAACUUCUCGAGGAGCGCCGCGGAGAAGGCCAGCAUCGUCUACCUCUACUGACGACGCACCUACAGCUACAUCUGCUUCGAUGCACAAAAGCAUCGUGAACUUGGCGAGUCGUGCGGAGGAGUGCAAAAUCGCGAUUGAAAAGCUACAGGAGCUGAACCAGACGGAAAACCAGACGCAGAAUGACAUCGCCUCGGUCGAUAUCAAGCAAAAAAGUGUAUAACGAUAACGGUUUUGGGGCAUUGCAGUCAUGCAUGACAAAUUUUCACUAUCAUGCAUGCUAUGCAAUACAACUUUGGGCAUCAUUUAUUGUGUAUUCCUGCAUGCCAAAACCAAAUUCCGUUAACGUUACCACUUUUUCUUGUGAUAGUCGAGCACCAGAUCACCCUUCAGGUCGAAACACUGCGGGAAAAGUGGUUUUCCCGCGCAGAGCUGAAGUUCGCCGAACUUGUAGGUCUUACCGUCGGUGGUGAUAAGACCAAAAAGCACGACCAACAUGGCCGUGUCAACUACAAUGCAGAAGCUCUCCUAUUGGCCGAGAAAGCAGUGAAGGAUCGGCUGCAAGUGGAAAUCGGAAAAACAGCGGAAACGCUGCAGACACUGCUAGCGGAAGCACAGUUGUUGAACGAAGAUGGGAGCAGUGAGAAGGCAAAAAAACAAAAUCCAAAUCAUGCUCCUGUUUUGAGGUUGUCGCAGCGAGAACACGGCUUGAAGCUCCGCGAGUUGCAGAAACACCUCCAAAGGUUGCGCGAAGAGUGGUCAGCCAUUGCCGGAAGAAGUGCAGAUGAAUCGUCCAGAGGUUCCUCUACUUUGCUGGGGUGGGUGAAGGCCAAACUAGGACUACUUUUCGAUCAGGCGGAGCAGCGAAUCCACCGGGGGCUGCUGAAGUGGAGGACCGAUCCGCGGCGCCGGAACCGGGUCCAGCAACUGCGCAGCGAACUCCGAAACGCAGAAGCCGCUGCGGAAAGGAUUCUGGCCGAAGUGCUAGCGGACAUUUUCGCGGGGAUGUCCACCUCUGAGUCGAUGUCGAACACCUUCAAGCGGGAACGGGAUACGAAUGUGGUGCAGGAUGAAGGACCACCUGGACGAGGGCCUGGUCCUGUUGUAACAGAUCUGCUGGUCCCUCCGCGUGGUCCUGUGGACAAUGACGGAGGGGAAACGCAAUGGUCUUCCGACGCCGACCCCGAGCUGCCGCUGCUGCGGGUUUCCUUGUCCUCUCCUCGUGCUGGUGGAUCAGGAGGGGCCGGCUAUGCUGGCUCUUGCGUCGUGCCGUCUACUGCGCAACAUGUUCAAGGGCUGUUGUCAUCACCACCAGAAAUGAAAAUGGACCACGAAGAUGAUGAUCAGAAAGACCCCUACGAGCCGGCUUUCUCGGAAGGCACAUCGCCGGAAAUUGUCCCGAGGACAAACAACCUGGCGGCAAACACGAACUACAGUGCGGAACAUUGUUUAGGGGACGACGAGGAUGACCAGGUUACUGCACCAAUGGCUGGCACAUCAACCGCUCGGAGAGUGAGGACCUCUGAAGAUGAUGACGAUGGAGCUACUGUUCGUGGACCAGCACGAGAAGCCGAAACUCCAGGAGAGCUCCACGGUGCGGCAAGCAAGAGGUUUUCUCGUAAUAACACCUCCUCCGCGCCGUGGUCUCUAGACCGGAUUCUUGCAGGAGACUUGCGCAGGAGCUCCUCAUCUAGCGCAGCUCUACAACUUGAGGGCACAGCUAGAACAACAGCGCGUGGUCAACAACAUGACGAGGCGAACUCACCCGCCGAGGAGCUGCCCCUCGAGGCGCAGAUCGCACGCAUGAAGAUUCCGCGGUUUCCGCCGCUGCCGCCGGUUGAACCGGACGGAGUUUUGUCUGCCUCCAGUAGCACCGGUCGGGCGCCGUAUUUGGGGCAGCUCCACCUCUCCCUCGAUGCAGCGAUGGGCAGCACCAGAGGACCACAGGCGGGCUCGUCCUCCUUCAGCGGUGAUGUUGUUCCUCGGACUAGCAGCUUCGCUGCUGGUGCAACCACGACGAGAUCUACUACUUCAACUUCUGCAGAUCAUUAUCUUCGGGAGCAGACGCAGAGAAGAACCACGAGAACGUCGGCGAGUGUACAGAACCUCCACGCAACAACUACAACAUCGUCCUCCCACGAUAAUUCGUCGACGUUGCGUGAUCACCUAGCGGAAUAAUUAGAACGGCAAAUAGAGAACCGAAAAGACGACGAGGCGGCACGUGAAAUGAACAGCACCGGUGGUGUUCAGGAUGCAGAGCUUGAGAGCCUCCUGCUACGGCUGGAACUUCUACAAAAGCAUAUCGCUUUGGAUGGUUCAUAAACUGUUACGAAGCGGGCCGUGCCCCCAUACGUACUCGGGCUGACCCGGUGUCAGUUGUUUGCUGGCAGCAGAAGACAUAAGAUGACGAGCCUGCUUCUGCAAGCGUACACAUCGUUGCAAUGGCAUUAAU